GCCGCCGCCGCCAACAUGGCCGAGACGAGCGAGGAGGUGGCGGUGCUGGUGCAGCGGGUGGUGAAGGACAUCACCAACGCCUUCCGCAGGAACCCGCACAUAGAUGAAAUUGGCCUGAUCCCAUGUCCUGAAGCAAGAUAUAACCGGAGUCCGAUAGUUCUUGUGGAAAACAAACUCGGCGUGGAGAGCUGGUGUGUCAAGUUCCUCUUACCGUACGUCCACAACAAGCUCCUUUUGUACAGAACAAGAAAGCAGUGGCUGAACAAAGAUGAAUUGAUAGAUGUCACAUGUACGCUCUUGCUUCUCAACCCAGACUUUACCACUGCGUGGAAUGUCAGGAAAGAACUUAUUCUCUCUGGCACUUUAAAUCCAAUUAAGGACCUGCAUCUGGGGAAAUUGGCCUUAACUAAGUUUCCAAAGAGUCCAGAAACGUGGAUUCACAGGCGAUGGGUGCUACAACAGCUGAUUCAGGAAACCUCCUCGCCUGCCUUUAUAAGCAAAGGAAACUUGGGGACCGUUCCUGCAGAAAGGACACAGCGACUCAUACAAGAAGAGAUGGAGGUCUGUGGGGAAGCAGCGGGGAGAUACCCAAGCAAUUACAAUGCCUGGUCCCACCGCAUCUGGGUUUUGCAACACCUGGCCAAAUUGGACGUCAAGAUUCUUCUUGAUGAACUCUCUUCUACUAAACACUGGGCAUCCAUGCAUGUUUCUGACCACAGCGGUUUUCACUACCGCCAGUUUUUGUUAAAGUCAUUGAUUAGCCAAACUGUGAUAGUUGGUUCUGUGUUGGAGCAAAAUCAUUUGAGAAGUGAGCAUACCUUAAUUCUUCCAAAAGAUGAAGAAGCAUCGGCCUCAGCAGAAGAACCAAGGAUAAAUCUUCCUCGUCUUCUUGAAGAAGAAGUUGAGUUCAGUACAGAUCUCAUUGAUUCCUACCCAGGACAUGAAACCCUUUGGUGUCAUAGGCGGCAUGUUUUCUACCUUCAGCAUCACUUGAAUGGUAGGCUUCCUCACUGUGUGACCCAGUUGUCACCUGCAGACAGCCCUGGGGGAACUGUAAGUGACUUGCACCUCAUCUCAGGAGGCCCCCACAUUUCUCAGGCAAUGGAGGUCGAUGGACUGAGUGACUCUAACAAACAGGGCUUUUCUCAGGAAACCAAACGCCUGAAGCGGACCCCAGCUCCUGACUCUCUGGGCCUGGAAAUGGAGCACAGGUUCAUCGAUCAAGUAUUGUCUACGUGCAGGAACGUGGAGCAGGCCAGAUUCGCCAAUGCGUACAGAAAAUGGCUGAUUACACUGAGUCAGUGAAAGAAAUGGAUCAGCCCUGCAAGGUCCCCUUCUAGUGCAAUAUUGUUUUCCUUUCUUAUUUACUUAGUUGCAUGAAUUGUUUCCAUAAUUGCCUAACUAUGUAUGUUCUUCAUCUUUAGAUUAAAAGUCCAUAGGGGAUCUUGAUUUAUUUUGUUAAAGAACUGACAUUCCUUUGGGGAUACAGUAACUCUGUAGUUCCUUCCUGCUAAACAGUGAGUCUUAAUGUUUUUAACUUCUUAUCCUUUAUAUUUGUGUACAUGAGAUUUCUUGUCAUUUGGUUCUUUUAACGUGGUUCAAAUAUGCCACCCCCCGCAGUGCAAUUGCGGCAUAGGCUAAUUUUUUUUAAAGUGAAAAUUUAUGCUAUAGUUCUACCUAAGAACAGUACAAAUGCAAAAUUACUCAAUUUAGUGGUUGAUCUGAGAAUCAAAUGGCCUGAUGGAUGGAUACGUGAAAUGCAAAUCAUUUCUUUUUUCUCUAGAACACCCUACCCGUGAUAGACCCACAUAACCAAAGUGAAAAAUGUCUGAAUUUAUAUGAAAAAGUGCUUCCAAUAGACCCAUUUUUGAAAUGGUUAUUUUAAAGAAACUAAUUUUAAGAUUUUAUGUAAUAGCAGUACUGGAAAAUUAUUUUUAUUACUAGUUUUGAUAGAUUGUUUUUACCUCAGAUUUGGUAUAUGCCAAAAACAAUCAGUCCAUAUAAAAAGUAAACUUUUUUUGAAAACCUGAAAUGCCAUUUUUUGUUAUAUGCUUACUUUGUUUUUGAAGUGACCCUGAAAAAAAUGGAGAAAUAUUCAUAGAAUGUCCAUUAAAGUCUUCCUUUUAAAAAAUGUAAGUUAUUGAAGAUACACUGGAUGAAUGAUGAAACUUCUUGAAAUGGUUAAUAGAAGUGUACUGGCAAAUGCCAAAGGAGAGGAAUACUUAGAAGGUUAGUUCUUCGGUCUUUAUUUUAAAAAAUAAAGCAGUUUUUUAAAUUUUAGUACUCAACUUAUCAGGGAUGAGGUACCAAAGUAUCCACCUUACUGUGAGCUGUGUAUCUUAUCUUUUUAGUAAGUAACAAGGGCUGGAUUUUUCAAGUCAUGAGGUAGGAGUGGGGAACGGUCCAAUAAUCUAUCUCUUCCUCCUUCCUAGAAACUCGGAUUUCUUCCAAUAUAGCAUUCUCUGUUUUCCCAAUCAAUUCCAUAGUUGGCAUCUUUCACGUUUUCACACUUGUCUUUCCUGUAUUAUUUCAGGGAUGCACACGUAAUCUCAUGAAUUUGAGAACCCACUGAACAAACAACAUGCAAUAGGAGUCUGAACUGCUUCUGUGUCAGCUUGCUAGUGGUGAAAGCCAUCUGUAGUCUUAAGCCUGUGUGGACUGUUAGUCAAUGAAACAGCUGUGACCAGCAUCCUUCUUUCUGCUUCUGAGGUUGCCU